AUGGGGCCGAUACAAGAGGAAGACGUGCACAACCUGCUGGAUCAGGUCGAGUCGUACAGUGCCACCCUCCGCGAACCUCGCCAACCCCAGCCCAAGAAGGACUUCAAUGUCGCUCUCGGGGAGCCCAGCGACGCGCUGUCGCCCGGCUUGCUGCAGCGCCUGCUGCGGGUGACGUGCGAGCUUGAGCUGCAUCACCAGGCGUCCCUGCUCAUGCAAAGCCUCAUGCCAGUCAUCUACAUGGAGCCAGAAUGGCUGGAGCAGCUGGCCACCCUGCCCGGCUACGGCGCAGCGCUCUCAUAUGUGCUGCGCAGGUGGGGCCAUGACGGCCACAUCAAUUCUGACACGUGUCACCUGAUCGCAGAGGUACUGCUCAAGCAGGCGAACGAGGGCGCCGCGCGCGCCUUUGCAGAGGGGCUACUGGCAGACCCGGAUGCCCUCGCAGGCGGCCUGCUGGCGGCCGCGUUCCCUGGAGCGGCCGGCGGGCCGGCGCCGCAGGGAGGGGCGCAUAUUCUCAGCGAUGCGAGGGCCGUCUCAUCGCUGGGGCGCGCGAUGCAGCUGUGCUGCGGCAGCGCGGGCGCCGCGCAGCUGGCUGCCUGCUGUGCGGCGUCGCCCAGCGCGGUGGCGCACGCGGCGCGGCACGUGGUGCAGCGCAGCAGCGGCAGCGGCGGCAGCAGCGCCACCGCAGGUGGCACCAGUGCGCACGGCUCUUCUGCCACGUUGUCUCGGGCCGUUGCAUUCCUGCGGCACACAAUCAAUGGGUGCGCCAGCGACGCGCAGGCCAAUGUCUGCGCGCAGCUGUCCGCCACCCCUGGGUUCUACGCGGCGGCCGGUGCCCUCCUCGCGGACCCGGCCGACGCGCAUCGCCAGUUUGACUGCCUCGCGCUCCUGCACGGCAUCACCACCGCGCUGCCGUACCAGCCGAGCACCGCCGCCGCCGCGGAGGCGGUCGCGGCGCCCGGCGCGCUGCCCGCGCUUGUGCGGCUGCUGGACAGCGCCGAGCCGCAGGCGAGGCUGGCUGCUUCUGUCCUGCUGUACUGCGCCAUGUCAGCGGCCUCGGGCAGCGGUGCUGCCCUGACCCGCCCGCCUGUCGUUGCGGCGCUCGUGGCGCUGCUGCGGCGCGAGGGGGCCGGCGGCUGCCCGCGCGGGCCGCACGCAAUCUGCCUGGCCUGCACUUGCGCGUGCAGCUUCCUUGAUUUGGUUGCCUGCUACAACGACAGCGACUGGGCGUGCACGUUGGCGCGCCUCUUGGCGUCGGCGCCGGCUGCCCUGGGAGCGAUGUCGCAGCAAAUCGCUGUGCAGGCGCGGCUCUGCCCCGAUGAGUUGCAGCUGGACGUGCUCCCCAGGCUGCUCUGCACCAUAUGCUGCGAGCCGGCGCGGCAGGGGCGGGGCGAGCUGCUGCGCAGCAUUGCGGCCGCCCCCGGCCUUCUGGCCGCGGCCGCCCAGGCCCUGGAGGCCAUGCUCGCGGCCGGCUCGCCCUUUCACCAGCACAGCCUUGGGCAGCCGCUGCGCGCAUGCCUGGCGGCGUCCCUGGCGGCGCGCUUCUGCUCCGACGCCUGCUACAAGGCGGGGUGGAGGGGCGGCCACAAGCAGCAGUGCCUGGCGUCGCAGGCGGCGGCCCAGCAGCAGCAGCAGCAGCAGCAGCAGCAGCAGCAGCAGCAGGCGGCUGGUGGCCGGCCAGAGGCAGCAGCGUCAACCGGCCAUAGCUAG